AUGAGCAAACUCACCCAAGCUUAAAUCACUGAAGCUAUCAACACCAUCCUUGCCGACAAGAAGAAGAGAAAGUUCUUGGAGACUGUUGAACUCCAAGUUGGUCUCAAGGAUUACGACCCACAAAAGGAUAAGAGAUUCGCCGGUACCGUCAGACUUCCAAACAUCCCAAGACCCAAGCUCAAGAUCUGCCUCAUUGGAGAUGCCAAGCACAUGCAAAUCGUUAAGGAAAACAACAUCGCCAUCGAUGCCGUCGAUUUCGAUUUCCUCAAGACCUUCAACAAGGACAAGAAACUCAUCAAGAGUUGGGCCAAGAAAUACACCAUCCUCCUCGCCACCGAUACCCUAGUCAAGAAGAUCCCAACCGUCCUCGGACCCAUUCUCAACAGAAUCGGUAUGUUCCCACAAGUCGUCACCCACAACGAUGACCUUAAGGCUAAGGUCGAUGAUGCCAGAGCUUCAAUUAAGUUCCAACUUAAGAAAGCUACUUGCAUGAACGUUGCCAUUGGUAACGAGUCAUAAUCCGAGGAAGAACUCAGACAAAACAUCCUUAUGGGAAUCAACUUCUUGGUCUCACUCCUCAAGAAGGGAUGGCACAACCUCAAGUCAGUCCACAUCAAGACCUCCAUGGGAAAGCCAUUCAAGAUCAUCGGCUGA